AUGGGCGGUUUGAAUUCACAUGGAGAGUAUGAGUAUAUGAUACUCAGCCAACCACUCAAAUAUCCAACAUUCGUUUUGGCAAGAGAUAUGGAACGUUUUGAGAACAAAUACAAGCCGGAAGUGUAUUCAUUCCUUGAGAAGCACGGAUUUCUCAGUCCAAUCGCGUCGCUCAACACUCGGCUACACUUCGAGAACGUCACCGCCUGCAAUCGAAUCAAUCAAUAUUACGAUCAAAUGCUGUUGUGA